AUGGAACGACUCAAGCUGGAUGUUCUUGGUCUGUGUGAAACGCGUUGGAGCGGAGAAGGCCAUUUCGCCAGCGGUGACAAGUUGGUAAUUUCAAGCGGCUCGCCAGACGGUGGAUAUGGCGGAGUGGCUGUCGUUCUGAGCGCAGCGGUGAAGAACAGUUUAUUAUCGUAUACCCCAGUAUCAAAUCGUCUCUUGGUGGUGCGCAUACAGGCGACUCAUGUCCCUAUUACCAUCAUUCAAGUGUACGCGCCGACCUCGUCAUGCGCGGCGGAGGAAAUAGAUGAUUUCUAUGAAAAAUUGCAAGCUGUCAUAGACGCCAUGAAGAGCCGUCAGGUAUGUGUAGUCAUGGGCGAUUUCAACGCCAAGUUGGGACUUGGGAGAGACUUUGAAAGCGGUGUUGGGGACUAUGGCCUUGGACAGCGCAAUGAACGUGGGGACAUGCUGGCUGAGUUCUGUAGGAUUAAUGGCUUGGUCGUUUGUAACACAGCUUUUCAGCAUAAUCUGCGCAGUCGCUAUACAUGGAUAUCUCCUGAUGGUCACACCCGUAAUCAAAUCGACUAUGUCAUGAUCAGCAAAUCGUGGUUCUCAAGUGUGCUGGAUUCCAGAGCUCGCCCCGCCGCUGAAUGUGACACUGAUCACCAUCUAGUUACAAUGAAGUUACGCACCAAGCAUUUCCGUAGGGUUCGAUGCAAGUCUAUGGCUGUGCGACCGUUCGACGUGACGAGGUUGAGGAAUCCUGACGUCUCGGAAAAGUAUUCAGUGGCGACUGAGAAUCGUUUCAGCUUGCUGCAGGACCGGUACAAUGAGGAAUGCACACCAGAUGAAUUGUGGGAUCAGAUUCAAGCGGGAAUUACGGAGGUUGCGGAGGAAGUAGUUGGGCGCAGAGUAAGGAAAAAGCCUCCCAAGCCAUGGAUCAGUGAGGAGGUGAUAGCUCUGGCAGAAAGAAAGCGUAUAGCCAGAUGCACCGGUAAGGACCAAGAAUACAAUGAUCUGAAACUAGAAGUGCGCCGAAGGAUUCGCUGUGACAGGAGAAAGUAG